GAGGAAACUUCCUUCCUGAGAGAUAACAGGAGGGGUACUGGGCGGAACGCUGACGUGUUUACGGGCUGUGAGGAGCCUCGGCGCCUUGCCUGGCAGCCUUGGUGGCGUGUGGGACUUUGCGUGCGGGCAGCGAGAGCCCCGCCGCCUGCCCGGCCCGCUCAGCUCCGUGCCCGGCUGCUGGCGGAGCUGCUGCUCGCUUAGCCGUCCCGUAACUCUGCGUUAGUUCGCAGCAGCCGUUCUCCAUGUCAUCAAUGCAGCUUUUUCUGCUACUGCCCCGCUGCUGACAAGUAAAGAGGCAGUAGCCAGACACUGAGAAGUAUUCAAGGCACCAAAAAGCAGACCCCGACCCAGCAGCCUGCUAACAAGCCGUGGGGAGAAUAAAUCAGUGCUUCAUAGGAGACUUUAAGGCCCGUGUAAGGAACUUCUGACUCAUCUUGUGUGAAGUUUAGACAAAGUGACCAUGAGAUUUGAAGGAAUAGAUCACUUGGUGUUGAAUCUAGUAACAGGACUAGUCCUACGGAUAGAUGUGCACGUGUUUUGUGAACGUGAAGCUCAGUGACCUGGGAAGAUAACGGAAGAUGUGAAAAGGAAACUUGACAAUACCGUGUCUUUAGGGAAGAUCCGUGCUGAGUCAGUCUGAGAAAUGAAAAGCGUCAGAUCAGUGGAGAUCUAGCAUGUUGUAUAAGUUUUUAAAUCUGUUUUUUUAUAAUUUGAAGACUGAUCAAAACUGCGUGAGGCUUUAUGACCUUAAAGAGAAGACUGUGCUAAGAGAGCAAGGACUUUGUUCUUAUUUAUAAACAUACUGUUUUGACAAGAGGCAUAGUAGUGCAACACUGACACUGGUCAAAGCCAAAGCUGUCUAAUAGGAAAGCAAAGAUGCAGAGUACCUCGAAUUAUCUCUGGCUGUUGUCUGACAUUCUAGGACAAGGAGCUACCGCAAACGUUUUCCGGGGACGACAUAAGAAAACUGGGGAUUUAUAUGCUGUCAAAGUAUUUAACAGUAUAAGUUUCCUUCGUCCUGUGGAUGUUCAGAUGCGAGAGUUUGAAGUAUUGAAGAAACUGAACCAUAAAAACAUUGUCAAGUUGUUUGCUAUUGAGGAAGAGACAACAACUAGACACAAAGUGCUAGUUAUGGAAUUUUGUCCGUGUGGAAGUUUAUAUACAGUUCUAGAGGAACCAUCCAAUGCCUUUGGUUUGCCAGAAUCAGAGUUCUUAAUUGUGUUGAGAGAUGUAGUGGCUGGGAUGAAUCAUCUCCGGGAAAACGGAAUAGUGCACCGUGACAUCAAACCAGGCAACAUCAUGCGUGUUAUAGGUGAAGAUGGUCAGUCUGUCUACAAACUGACAGACUUCGGUGCUGCAAGGGAGCUUGAAGAUGAUGAACAGUUUGUUUCUCUCUAUGGCACAGAGGAGUAUUUACAUCCUGAUAUGUAUGAGCGAGCAGUUUUGAGGAAAGAGCAUCAGAAAAAGUAUGGAGCCACAGUUGAUCUGUGGAGUAUAGGGGUGACCUUUUACCAUGCUGCAACGGGGAGUUUGCCUUUCCGACCCUUUGAAGGGCCUCGUAGAAACAAGGAAGUGAUGUAUAAAAUAAUCACUGGGAAGCCUUCUGGUGCUAUUUCUGGAAUACAGAAAGCAGCAAAUGGACCAAUUGAAUGGAGCUGGGAGAUGCCAAUUUCUUGCAGUCUUUCAAAGGGUCUGCAAGUACUGCUCACACCUGUCCUUGCAAAUAUUCUGGAAGCAGACCAGGAGAAAUGCUGGGGCUUCGAUCAGUUCUUUGCAGAGACGAGUGACAUACUGCACCGAAUCAUAAUCCACAUCUUUUCGCUCCAGCAGAUGACCUUGCACAAAGUUUAUAUUCACAGCUACAAUACAGCUGCUAUAUUUCAUGAUUUGGUCUACAAACAGACAAAGAUACCAUCUCAGAAUCAAGAACUUAUAUACGAAGGUCGGCGUUUGAUACUAGAACCUGGCAGACUGGCACAACACUUCCCCAGGACUACUGAGGAGAAUCCUAUCUUUGUAGUAAGCAGAGAGGCUGUGAACAUUGUUGGAUUAGUCUAUGAAGAAGUUCUGCUUCCUAAAGUGCAUCAACGUUAUGACUUGGAUGGGGAUGCCACUAUGGCUAAAGAAGUAACACGUAUCGUGUGUUAUGCCUGUAGAGUUGCCAGUUCUUUGCUGCUUUACCAGGAGCUGAUGCGAAAAGGAAUACGAUGGCUAAAUGAGAUAAUCAAGGAUGAUUACAAUGAAAUGGUUCAUAAAAAGACUAAGGUUGUCAUCAGACUGGAUUUCUGCAGCAGAAACAUUGAAAAAGCAGAGAAAAUAUAUGAGAAUUUGAUGCAGAUCAACUUGGAGUCAUCAGAAGUGGAUGAAAUUUCAGAGAUAAACACGAAAUUGUUGCGUCUCUCCAGCUCUCAGGGCACAAUAGAAACAAGUCUUCAAGAUAUCAAGACCAAACUUUCUCCUGGUGGUUUACUAGCUGACACCUGGGUGAAUCAAGAAGGCACACAUCCAAGAGACAGAAAUCCUGAAAGGCUGCAGACACUGCUAUCUUCCAUCACAGAAAUUUACUAUCAGUUCAAAAAAGACAAACAAGAACGAAGGCUUCCCUAUAAUGAAGAACAAAUUCACAAGUUUGACAAGCAGAAGCUGUAUUUGCAUGCUACCAAAGCCAUAGCUCUGUUCAAAGAUGAGUGUGUCAGCAAGUAUGAUGCAUUUCUGGACAAGGCUGAGGACUGGACAAGGAAAAUGCUUCACACAAGAAAGCAGUUGCUGGCUCUCACCAACCAGUGUUUUGAUAUUGAAGAAGAAGUAUCCAAAUACCAGGAUUAUAUAAAUGAGUUACAAGAUGCUCUGCCUCAGAAAAUGUUUGCAGCUUCCACUGGGAUGAAACAUACCAUGAAUACAGUUUAUCCAAGUUCAAAUACAUUAGUAGAAAUGACUCUUGGUAUGAAGAAACUAAAGGAGGAAAUGGAAGGGGUUGUUAAAGAGCUGGCUGAGAACAAUCAUAUUUUGGAAAGAUUUGGUGCUUUGACUGCAGAUGGUGGCCUGAGGAAUGUGGACUGUAUCUAACUUUCAAAGGACCUGAAGAUUUGUACAUUUUUCAAAGGGAAAAAAUACUGUUGGGACAUUUUAAAGCAGAUAAUAAAUCUGUAUCCAGUUUUUUUUCUCUGCAA